AUGGCACAAGCUAUCAAUAAAGGCAAUCAAUCGUCACAACGUAAGCCACCAGUUUCUCUAUCAAGAACUAUGAGCAUACCAGCAACAAGUGAGAAUUUCUUAUUACGUCUUGAUAAUCGUCAAAUAUCAACAGUAGAAAAUUCUAUUCUUAUAUGGUUGGAUACUUAUUUAGAUAUAGUUAGUGAGGAAUUUAAUUAUUUUAUCGCUCGUUUUCAAGAACUUGUACAUUUAAUAUUACCAUUCUUUGAUGUCAAUCAAUGUAUAGAUUUUAUAUUGGAAACAAAAAAUGAAAAAAUCUUCUUAAUUGUUUCUGGUAGUCUCGGUGAAGCACUCGUACCCAUGAUACAUAAUUACGAACAAAUUGAUUCAAUUUAUAUUUACUGUGAUAAUAAAAAUAAACAUGAAAAAUGGGCAAAUAAAAUAAAAAAGAUUAAAGGUGUAUUUCAAGAUUUAGAACCUAUUUUUGAUGCAUUCAGACGUGAUAUUCGCCAAUGUGAAGAUGAUUUAGUUCCACUUCACAUUUUAUCACCUAACUAUCAUAGAAAUUGGAAAAACAAUCCAGCUGACCAAUUAUUUAUUUAUACACAAUUGCUCAAAGACAUGCUUAUCGAAAUGGAUGAUAAACGUAACACAAAAAAAGAAUUUGCUGAUUUUUGUCGUUGUCAAUAUCUAAAUAAUAGUCAUCAAUUAAAUUUAAUAACAGAAUUUCGAAACGAUUAUAAACCAUCGUCAUCUAUUUGUUGGUAUACAAGAGAAUGUUUUAUUUCUUUAAUGUUGAGCAAAGCAUUGCGUAUUCAAGAUAUCAAUAUGAUGAUACAAAUGGAUUUUUUUAUUCGCGAUAUCCAUCGAGAAAUUAUACAAUUACAUUCAAAAUUCGAUAAACAAAACAGUACAACGGUUUAUCGAGGACAAGGCAUAACAGAGAAAAUUUUUCAUCAAUUUCUUGAAAAUAACAAUGGAUUUCUUUCAUUUAAUAAUUUUUUCAUCACAACGACUGAUAGAGAUCUAUCAAUAAUGCAUGCCAAAUUUGCUCGAGAUAAUCAUGAAUUAGUAGGAGUUCUAUUUGUGAUAGAAAUCGAUCAGUCAAAAUCAUUAUUUACACCAUUAGAUAAAAUUAGUUAUUAUCCUGAAUCAGAACAACAAAUACUAUUCUCAAUACAAAAUGUAUUUAGGAUUCAAAGUAUUGAUCACAUUGGCGAUGGACUGUGGCAAAUACAAUUGAAAUUAACUACGAAUGACAACGAACUAGUACGACAUUUCAGAGAAUUAGUACAACAGGAAAUUCCGAACAGCAAUGAAAACGAAUGGUUAAAUGCAGUUAAGAUGAAAAUACAGCAGUUGAAUAAAGCAAGGGGCCUAUGA